AUGUCGGAGAGAGAAGUUGAAAGAAAUAUGGAAAACCUCCAGCUAAGUCUGUCUGAUACUGACAGCAGUGAUCUGGAGACUGAGGCUCCUUCCAAUUCUAGAACUAUCACGGAUAGAGGUGAGAUCGUGGAGAAGUAUACCCUGGUGAUCAACACUGAACCAUUGAAGAAGGGACCCAAAACUACCAAGGAUAGAGCCAACCGUGCCACGGUAGAGCAGGUUUUGGACCCGAGAACCAUGCGUUUUUUGGGUAAGAUCAUAAACAAGAAUGUCAUCUCAAGAAUUAACGGAUGCAUCUCCACAGGUAAGGAAGCCAAUGUGUACCAUGGUGAUCAUGAAGACACCUCAGUUACAGACAAGGAGUACGCUGUGAAGAUUUAUAAGACAUCUAUUUUAGUCUUCAAGGAUAGAGAGCGGUAUGUGGAUGGAGAGUUCAGAUUCCGUAAUACCAAGAACCAGAGUAAUCCAAGAAAGAUGGUUAAAGUGUGGGCAGAGAAGGAGUUUAGAAAUUUGAAAAGACUACACAUGAACGGCAUUCCAUGUCCUGAGCCUAUCGAGCUUCGAUCCCACGUUUUGGUUAUGGAAUAUUUAACAAAGGGUAAUGCCCAACCAUCCCCCAAACUCAAAGAUCAUCCUUUUAAAGACUUGGAUGAAAUCGUGUUUUACUACCAGCAAAUGCUCAUCUACAUGAGAAGAAUGUACCAGAAAUGUCGUCUUGUUCAUGCUGAUUUGAGUGAAUACAAUUCUAUCGUUCACAACGAUAAGCUCUAUAUCAUCGAUGUCUCCCAGUCGGUGGAGCCAGAGCACCCCAUGGCUCUUGACUUUUUGAGAAUGGAUAUCAAGAACGUGAAUGAUUUCUUUUCUAGAAAAAAGAUUCAUGUCUUCCCUGAAAGACUUUUAUUUAAAUACAUUGUCGAACCGAGCUUAGGUGUUGAUGACGAGGACGACGCACAAUUACGAGCAUACCUUGACUCUUUGCCCUUGAAGAGUGAAAUGGACAAUUCCAAUGUCGAUGAUGAAAUCUUCCGUUCGCUUCAUUUGGUGAGAUCAUUGAAUAAUCUUGAUGAGCGUGACUUUGAAAAGUUCCAAGAUGGUAGAGUUGACACGCUCACUGACCUUGUUCCUGAGGAAGCAGAGCAAUCAGCAUCAGAGGAUGAAGAAGAAGACCUGUCUGACGAAAGCGACUCGGAUGAAGAUGACGAGGACGAUGAUGAAGAUGAUGAAGAAGGUGGCAGAAGAGAGAAGAAAGAGAAGGAGGCCAAGGGUAAGAAGUUUGAAGAUAAGGAUGAUAAGAAGGCUAGAAAGCAGGCUGCCAAGGAAGCCAAGGCCGAGAAGAGGAAAACCAAGAUGAAGAAACACGUGAAGAAGAAGUUGGUCAACAAGCGUAAGAACAACUAG